AUGAAUCUCGUUUUAGUUAAUGAUUUCAUGGGAUCUAUUGAUCUAAAGGAUGCCUACUUUGUAGUUCCUAUUAACAAGAGAGACAGAAAAUUUCUCAGAUUAGAAUUCAAAGGCCAACGGUUUCAAUUUACAUGUCUUCCUUUUGGAUUAUCCACCAGUCCCUUUGUUUUUACGAAAAUUAUGAAACCCGUGAUUAGUAAACUCCCAUUACAAGGAAUGCUGCUAAUGAUAUAUUUGGAUGGGUUCCUUUUCGUGAGUAAUUCCAAGGAUCAAUGCGAAGAGAAUAUGAGAACAUGCGUAGACUUAUUAGAAAGUCUAGGUUUUAUCGUGAAUUUUGAAAAGAGCUCCUUAGCAGCCACCCAGAAAUGUAAGGACUUACGUUUUGUGAUCAAUUCUGUCCAUUAUUCAUUGGAGUUACCAAACAAAAGGAAAGUUCAGAUUAAGGAAAUGAUCAAAAUAUUCAAGAAGGGAGGAAAAUACAACAUUCGUCAAUUUGCCACUCUCUUGGGUGUCCUAAUUGCAGUUUGCCCGGCAAUGGAGUAUGGCUCUAUCCACUGUAAAAGCCUGGAGAGACAAAAAUUCUUGCCCUUGAAAUUCAAUGGUGGCAAAUACGAGGGAAAAAUUCUUAUUAAUGAUAUUAUGUUUGAAGAUCUGGAGUGGUCGCAGAAGAAUGUUAAUAUUGGAUCGAAUCCUAUCAGACGUCAGGAAUAUUCCAUGGAACGAGAUCCAUUCCCUGUCAUCCUUCCUUUCAUUGGUGACAGGGAAAUUAUCCGGUCAGCCUACUCAAAAAAGGGAAUCGAUAAGAGUUCAGUACAAAAAAUUAGCAGUUUGAUUGCUCCAUCAACACUCCGACAAUAUGAAUGUCAGCUAAAAAGACGGGAGUUAUGUUCAUGCUAA